UUAUAUCCCGUGGAAACGUGCAUGUCUUUGGUCACACCCUUUUGUAUUUGACGCUUCUCCUGACUCGACUACUAUAGUUCAAUGUAAGCAGCUUUAAAUAAAUAUUAUCUUAUUUUGUUUGCAAAGUUCCUCAAAUAGUAUAUACCAAAAUGCCUCACACUAUCGUUACUACUUCAACAACAACAACAACAUCCUCAUCGGAUGGAGGGUUUUGCAACAUCGGUUAUGCGCGUUCAUUUCAAGGAUUACUGAAAAUCGGCCAAGUGGUGAUCCUCCUGAUUGCUUUCCUUUGUGUGCACUGUGAGGGGAUCAAUUACUCUGCCUACCGCUACUUUGAGGUGGUCACUGCAUGGUUUCUCGUUGUCUUCUUAAUCUUCUUCCUCAUGUAUUUGUUCCGACUUCAAAGCAAAAUCACAUGCAUCAACUGGACAUUGACGGAGUUUUUACAUUAUGCUGUGGGAGGAAUCCUGGUUUUUAUCGCCUCUAUAGUUGUUGCUGUGAAGAGUUAUGGGAUCUCAGCUUUGAUCGCUGGAUCUGUGUUUGGCUUCAUAGCUACUUUUCUUAUUGCAAUCAGCAUAUGGACUUCUUAUAAGGUCACAUGUGGCUCUCAACCAACUGGUGCUGCAGUGUAACUGGAUGGAAGACACUGUCUUAUCAGAUGAGAGUAGCAAGUAAAAUUCUCAAUUUGUUCUGGAGAGAUGAUGAGUUCUUAAAGGGACAUUUUUGGUUGUUUUUGAAGAUGCUUCAAUAGUGGAUUUCUUGAGUGGAUGAAAAUUGAAAAUUUUAGCGCCUCUAAAAUUUUAGAACUUAAUCGGCUGGGAUCAAACUCAUAAUUGUUAAGCAUUGAGACUGGUUUAUUUUAAGAGUGGAGUUUUGAUAUAUUUAUCAACAAUGUCUGAAACCAAAAGUGGCCAUUUAUUCACGAGAAUGUUUACAAUAUUUAUUUGACAGUAUAUAUCGUGUGAUGCAGAUUUGAUUCAGUGCCUGUGAUCAAAGAAUAUUUUGGAGAUGCUGACCCACAGUAUUAUUACUAUUAUUACAAGAGUUGAAGUGUAUUUUUGCUUUUCACAGUAUCUGUAUAAAUUAUAUUAUGAUUUGCAACCCUAAAGUUUGAAAAAUAUAUUUUUGGCUUUCUAAAUGUAAGUCGCUUUGUUUUAUACACUGUGAUAAAAAAAGAAAACGUC